AUGCUGCGCGUGUGGAGGGUGUCUGGAGAGGAGCUGGCCACCAUACCCGCUGAAAUCGCAGAGGAGCUGGGCAGCAUCUGGGCUCUGAAGCACCGCCUGCGCAUCAAGAAUGGCCUGCCGGUGUGCCUUCAACAGCUCGUGCACAUGCACAAUGGCUGUAGGCUAGAUGACGCUGCCAAGCCGCGUGCACCCAUGGACAUGCAGCUGGUCUUGUUGUCCCAGGCUCGGGGCUUUGAUGCCUCACGUGAACUUCUCGAAGCAGCUGGCAAAGGCGAGCUUGAGGUCGUUCGCUUGCUCUUGGAAGCUGGGGCGAGCAAGGACUCAACCGACGACGUCAUCACGGCCCUCCUGGACGCGGCUGGCAAUGGCCACAUCGAGAUGGUCCGUUUCCUGUUGGAGGCUGGUGCAGCCAAUCAUUUGACGCAUUGGCAAGGAAGAGCUGCUCUGAUUCGGGCAGCAGCCCGCGGCAACACUGAGAUCACCAGGCUGCUGCUCGAAGCUGGCGCCGACAAAGACUUGGCGGACGAGCAAGGCAGGACAGUUCUCAUGUGGGCAUCUGGCAAAGGACACACCGAGGUCGUGGGGUUGCUGUUGGACGCCGGUGCUGCCAAGGAUUGGACGGACCGGAAUGGCCAUACAGCUAUGGCCUGGGCAGCUAUGGCAGGUCAUGCUGAUGUUGUGCUGUCUCUGCUGCGCGCAGGCGCGGUGAAGGAUGUGACCGAUCAGCAAGGCCGAACAGCCAUGGUCCACGCCUCCGAGAACGGCCACCAAGAAAUUGUGAACACACUGUCCUAG